AUGAAGGCCACUCUGCUCAGUUUUGUUGUGCUGUUUUUAGUGGUUGAUCAGUUUGCUCUUUUAAUUACAGGUAAUAUAUUGUUUCUUAUAGACUCCUGUAAAAAGACCUCAUGCAAUAUGGAAUCCAAGCACAAAAGUAUUUCAUUGAGUCAUUGUGUGGCAGAGCCAGACAAACUACCUUGCCCUUUACCGCGCAUACAAUGUUUUUUAUAGGAACGUCUAAUUUUGAGCUGAAGCUGGACUUUAUUAUUUAUUCAUUUCUCUUACGAUUAUAUCGAGAUUAUCGCGAUUAUGACGCCCUGAUCAUGUUUAACUUUCAUUUGUUCAAAAAAUUGAACGGCUCAGUUUUCUUUUGUGAAGUUUUAUUUUUGAAGUUUUUGACGUGAUGACUUAAAAGUACUGAUUAAGUUCGACCACAAACUAAGUUGUUCUCCAGUGUAUCACGCAAUAAACAUCUCUUUUACCGUUACUUAUGCUACUCGCAAAAAAAAAAAAUUAGCAAAAUACAAGACGUUCAAAACUGAUUCUCUCUAUCUGGGAAUAUUCUUUGUAUGUUCUUAAAAUUAAAUAUUUUUUAUUUACAUAUAAAAAGGGUUCUUAUACAUAAAAAAGAAUGUAUAGCGGAGUUCCUUUGAGAGUACUCGCGCGACUGACAUGACACUGAUUGAAAAAAGCAUUGUUUUCACAAAAAAGGCGACCAAACGUGUAAAUAAUACAUUAUGUUCCCAUUUUUCUUUGUAAAGGUUUUGAGACUUCUUAAAUUUGCUCGUCUUAGCAUCUAUUUAUUUUUCAGGGACCUGUCCUCUGUACUCUCCACCAAAGGAUGGCGCUUUGGUGUGCAACUACAUUGGAUCGGAACCGACUUGCCAAGUUCAAUGUAAACAAGGCUAUGACUUUGAGUUCACUCCUCCCUUUGCUUAUUACUGCUCUGGAGGAAAUUGGCACUCGUUCUCAAUUGGUCCUUACGAUCCAAAGCUACCAUGGCCAAGCUGCACAAGUAAGUGCGAUGAAUUUCUCGUAUAACUGUACCUGCUGCUUAUGAGCCUUGGGAUUAUACAUUUGCGCUAGGGGUUUUAGAAGGGCUUAUAACGGAGGGGCUUAUAUCCUAUGGGGCUUUUAAUGGGAAUACAAAAAAUGCUUCGAAACAAGAUACAGCGAUGCUGAUCAAAAUGCGUCCUUAAUUUUUACUGUUUUUUUUUUUUUCUAUUUCAAAACUUCAUAAUAAAUCGAAGUCGUUUCCAUACAAGCUAGAGGGGAGAGAGGCUUAUAUCCAGGGGGCUUAGACUCGUAUAUUUUUUUGUUGCUGCUGUUUACACGUAGAUGGGCCUAAUGGAAGAGGGGCUUAUAAAACAGCCGAGAUAUAAACGUUUUUAAAGAUGAAGCACGAGCAAAAUUUUGCCUUAUGAAUUUAUUCAUAGAUAGGUGUAUCCUGCGGUCUUAAGUACAAAGUGGAGCCUCCGGUUUGCCUUAAAAGCAAAAGUGUGGUGAUAUGUGCUAUAAAGACUGCUGUCGCUUACUGAAUUGGCAAACUCUGGAUAAACGUAGGGAGUUCUAUCUCUGGUUCAGUGCUACAAGAUAGUUUUUGGAAUAGAUAACCUUUCCUCGAUUCGUUUUUGAGCCUACUAAGUGUAGCAAACUAGAGCCAAUCACGAUUGUAAACUGAAUGUGAAAGUUUUCACUCAAUAUUGCUACAAGUAUUGCGUAUGGAUCGUUAAUGUGUGGAAUAACUUGCCUAAAGAAGUCGUAUAUUUCGCAACAGAUUGAAGAUUUUUACGCCGUAAAUAUUAAUUAGCAUGAUUGUAAGCAGUUACGACUAUGAUAUGUAAAUAACUUUUUCCAGUUUUCAGAUUUACAUUUUUUAUCUUUUACUUUGGGGAGUCCUCAAGAGUCUCCCCUCUCGAGAAGUUAUCUUAUCUCUUGAGUAAAGUGUAGUUAUUUUUCGUUAUUAAAAUAUGACCAAAAAUAUAAAUUGUUCUCAACAGAGACGGUGAACCUGAACAAUUUAUGGAUGAGAAGUUUUCCAUUUUUCAACUUUGCUGGAGACUGUAAAGAUACCAACAAAGAGGCAUCAGUAAAGGGCAAUUUCCUGAAUCUCAUGAACAAUGGCCCUGUACUUCCUCUGUUUUGUAAAACCAAUCCUCUUGAGUGCAACACAAAUACAGUACAAGCCUAUUUUGGCGAUGUAACUGCUGAAAAAAAAAAGACGCAAACGUAUUGUUGGAAAACUGGUAUGAAUAACUUUCCCAUGUUAGGCCUAUCUUAAAGUUAUCAGGCAAGGUUUGCUUGUCAAAAAAGGCCCGUAACAAGUCUUUUUUGUGCUCAAAUGCAUAAAUACAAAAAAAAAUUCUGCCACUACAGGAGAAUACAUAUAGUCACAAAUGAUUAAUGCUAGCCCCUGCGCAUGUCUACCUCAAGCGUUUCUUUUUUGUCUAGAAAACUUUAAUUGAAAACUUAAAUUGCAAUUACCAUUGCGACGAUCAUAUCUUCAUUUAAAACUUUGACCAUUUAAUAGCCGGGACUUACGAACUACAUUAAAGGAGAUAAGUGGAACCAACUAAGAAAAGAACAAUUGCUGCCGUCACGCGCCGUCUAGACUUAGUCAAAUGCAUUACUAAAAUUAGUAGAGACGUUUAGGUUCUAGGAAGCCGACCAUUUGACUUUUAGGGGUGUACGGGUGAUUUUGUUUGUGUAAGAAUUUUUUUCCCAAAGAAGUAUGGUGAAAGAAUAUUUUUUCCUGACAUGCAACGGCGAGAGAAUUUUUUUCCGCCAUUAUACGCCAGUUUUUUCAGUGUAGGAAUUUUUUUCGCCAGGUAUUUCCUUGCAAGAAUUUUUUCCCUCGAAAUCAGUCUUCAGGAAAUUUUUUUCUGAAAUCACCAUAUCCCCACCACCCCCAAGUCAAAUGGUCGGCUCAAGAAUGAUUACGAGGACCAGAUUUUCUCAAAAGCAAGUAGUGCGCGCGCGUGAACCAGCGUCAUCUUUCUCUCAUCUUGGUACGAGUUAUUGUUGAGAGAUUAUCGUAGUGGCAGAAACAAGUUAUCAUUUUGUCAUUGGAAGAAGGCUUAAACUGCUUCAGAAAAAAAUGACCGUGCUAACUUUUCUGGUAAAAAAUGGAUUAUGAAGCUUUCGGGGUGUAUUUUGAGAAUACGCGAAAACAUUAAGUUUAAUCUCUUCUCGUAGUCGUGCUACAGUGCAGGUCUCGAAUAUAAACUCGAUCUCUAGUACAGAAAAAAUCAAUAACAACAACAACAAAGAAGAGAUAAGUAAAGUUAACCAAAAACAAAUCAUAAUUUCGGGCUAGAGCAAGUCAACAAUAUUUAACUUAAAAUAAUAUAGAACAAUUUUUUUUUUGACGCAUUGUUUAAAAUUAAGAAGAGAGUGAAUUUCUUUUUCGAUAAUUUUAAAGCACGAUUUAAUAUACACGUGGUAUAAACCUUCUUCUAACGGAAUAUCUUUUACUAUUUUAGCUAUUUCCACAGGAGUCUCAACAAGGAAAGAAAGUAAACAAAGUGACCAACGU